UUUUCACAUCUCUAAUAGUGCGAAUUAAUUUGACGUAUGCAUGCGGAGCUCCUUUGGCCACAGACGACAACACAAGAAAAAUAUCAAUAAUCUUUGGAAAUGGAUAAUUUCAAUAAAAAAGAAAUUAUACAAGCAAUUCUAAUUGCCGACAACAAUGUGGAGAACUUCCGUCCCUUGUCAGACACCAAUUCGACGGCUUUGCUGCCAUUAGUGAAUGUCACCAUGUUGGAUUAUGCCUUGGAGGCUUUAAAUCGUAGUGGCAUCGAAGAGGUGUUUGUAUUUACCAGUCUGUAUUUACAAAAUGUAAGGGAACACAUUGAAAAAGGAAUUGCAUCAUUGUGUUCGUGGUCGGUUAAUAUGAAAGUUCAUGUUAUAGGAGGAGAAGGCUGCAGAUGUUUUGGUGAUGCCAUGCGUGAGCUGGAUGCCAAAGCUUUGAUACGUGGUAAUUUUGUGCUGUUGGGAGCCGAUACGGUAACAAAUGCCGAUUUAAGACCCAUAUUUGAGCAACACAAAAAAACCUUAAAAUAUGAUAAAGGAGCAGCAGCUACGGUCAUCUUUAAAGAAGCGGAAAAUCAUUUAAGAUCAGGCAAUGAAGUUAUGAUUGCCAUGGAUGUUCAAAACAAUCGUUUACAUCAUCACCAACGUUUAAGUGUCAAUGAGAAAGAAUCGCAUUUUGAUAUACCCCUAGAAGUGUUUAUGCUCAAUUCUCAAGUGGCAUUGCUGCAUAACUUACUGGAUCCCCAAAUGGCGAUAGGUUCACCUUCCAUGUUGUCAUUGUUUUCGGAUAAUUUUGAUUUCGAAACACGCGAUGAUUUUGUUCGAGGCAUAUUGAUUAAUGAGGAAAUUCUAGACAGUCGUAUCUAUGUUUCCCUUUUGCCACGCGAACAAUAUGCCCGCAAGGUAAACAAUUGGCUGACUUAUCAAAUUGUCAGCAAUGACAUCAUAAAUCGUUGGUCCUAUCCCCUAGUACCUGAUAUGGGUAUUGUCGACCUGAAACAGCUGUACAUCUUCCAUAAAAAUAAUAUCUACAAAAGCCCUACGGCUAGUUUGGCCAAAGUGUCACUGGGCGAAAAUGUGGUGGUACACAAAAAUAGUGUAGUCGGUGCCGGUUCAACACUGACAUGUUCUGUGUUGGGACAAAAUGUCAAAGUUGGACAAAAUUGUCGUAUUGUUAAUGCAUUUCUGUUGGACAAUGUAAUAGUGGAGGAUAAUUGUUGUUUGGAAUUCUGUGUUGUUGGCCAGAAUACUGUGGUGAAAGCUAAUACUGAACUGAAAGAAGGCUGUGUGAUAGGAGAAUCGUGUGUGUUGCCGGCCAAUACUAAACUAACAAAAUCGUUAGUGAAAAAUGCGUCAGAAGGCUCCUUAAAGAAACUUGGUGAUAAGGCCUUUGUUAUAAACGACAAAGUUAACAACAGAACAAUAUCAGAAAAUGAUGAGGAUCAUGAUAUAUUGACCGUUAAGGCAGCAGCACCCAAAAUGAUGAAAUUACCUCUGAAACAGGAAGAAAGUGAUUACUAUUCCAGCAGUGAUGAAGAAGAUUCGCAACCUUGUUCUCCCCUGCCCGAUGAUACCAAUAUUUUCCUUUCGGAAGUGGUUGAUUCUUUGUCCAGAGGUUUUCAGGAGAAAUCAAAUCCAGAUUUCCUUAUACUCGAAAUUAAUUCUUCCCGCUAUGCCUACAACAUGUCUCUCAAAGAGGUCAACUUUAAUGUGGUCAAGGCUAUUUUCAGUUUGCCCACCAUUAAGGAACCCUCUAAUAAUAAUGUUUUAAUUGAAAUUAAUGCGGUCUUUAAACAAUUGGGUCCCGUCAUGUCCAAUUAUAUAAAAAGUGAGGAGGCCAUGUUGGAUUGCCUUAAGGCUUUAGAGGAUAUUUAUGAAGAAAACGAAUUUGUACGCGAGAAAAUUUCACAAAUUGUUCAUUAUUUAUAUGAUAAAGAUUUUGUAACGGAAGAAGCUGUCUUGGCUUGGUAUGAAGAUUUAGAUGAAGAGGAGCAUACACAAUUGCGUAAAAGUCUGUUUAAACUUAUUGAAUGGUUGCAACAAUCCUCCGAUGAAGAGGAUGAUAGUGAUUAGUUUUUUUUGUUUGUUGUCUUGUUUUUUAUUCUUCCAAAAAAAAAAAAUUUUUUGAAUUUAAAAAUAAAGAAUUGAAAAAAUAAUUGAAAACAA